AUGUCCGCCGCCCUGAACAAGAUCGCUGCUAACAGCCCCUCGCGGGCCAACCCCUCCGAGCUGGAGCAGAACAUUGCCCAGGCUCUGUACGACCUCGAGAGCAACACCGCCGACCUCAAGGUCGCUCUCCGCCCUCUGCAGAUCGUCUCUGCCCGCGAGAUCGAGGUCGGCCACGGCAAGAAGGCUAUUGCCAUCUUUGUCCCCGUUCCUUCCCUGCAGGGCUUCCACCGCGUCCAGCAGCGCCUCACCCGUGAGCUCGAGAAGAAGUUCUCCGACCGCCACGUCCUGAUCCUGGCCUCCCGCCGCAUCCUGCCCCGCCCCAAGCGCUCCGCCCGCUCCCGCAACAACCAGACCCAGAAGCGCCCCCGCUCCCGCACUCUCACCGCCGUCCACGACGCCAUCCUCACCGACCUCGUCUACCCCGUCGAGAUCGUCGGCAAGCGCCUCCGCACCAAGGAGGACGGCUCCAAGCUCCUCAAGGUCAUCCUCGACGAGAAGGAACGCGGCGGUGUUGACUACCGCCUCGACACCUACUCCGAGGUCUACCGCAAGCUUACCGGCCGCGGUGUCACCUUCGAGUUCCCCCAGUCUGGCUCCGCCGAGUACUAG